CUCUCUUGUGGGAAUGAGUUGCCAACCUUUUACUUCAGCUGACACCUUUAUACCUCUGAACUCUGACUCUUCUGCAACGCUGCCUCUGAUAAUGCAUCACAGUGCUGCCGAGUGUCUACCAGUCUCCAACCAUGCCACCAAUGUGAUGUCUACAGCAACAGGACUUCACUAUUCUGUUCCUUCCUGUCAUUAUGGAAACCAGGCAUCAACCUAUGGAGUGAUGGCAGGUAGCCUAACCCCUUGCCUGUAUAAGUUUCCUGAUCACACCUUGAGUCAUGGAUUUCCUCCCAUGCACCAGCCUCUCCUGGCAGAGGACCCCACAGCCACUGAUUUCAAGCAGGAACUCAGAAGGAAAAGUAAAUUGGUUGAAGAGCCAGUAGACAUGGAUUCUCCAGAAAUCCGAGAACUUGAAAAGUUUGCCAAUGAAUUUAAAGUGAGAAGAAUUAAGUUAGGAUACACCCAGACAAACGUUGGGGAAGCCCUGGCAGCUGUGCACGGCUCUGAAUUCAGUCAAACAACUAUCUGCCGAUUUGAAAACCUGCAGCUCAGCUUCAAAAAUGCAUGCAAACUAAAAGCAAUAUUAUCCAAAUGGUUAGAGGAAGCCGAGCAAGUAGGAGCAUUAUACAAUGAAAAAGUGGGAGCAAAUGAAAGGAAAAGGAAACGCAGAACAACCAUAAGUAUUGCUGCUAAAGAUGCUCUGGAGAGACACUUUGGAGAACAGAAUAAGCCUUCUUCUCAAGAGAUCAUGAGGAUGGCUGAAGAACUGAAUCUUGAGAAAGAAGUUGUAAGAGUUUGGUUUUGCAACCGAAGGCAGAGAGAGAAACGGGUGAAAACAAGUCUGAAUCAGAGUUUAUUUACUAUUUCUAAGGAGCACCUUGAGUGCAGAUAAGAUUUCCUAUUGUGUAAUAGCCUUUUUUUUUUUUUUUCUAUUAUUCGUUCCUCUCUUUCCCCCAACAAAAAUAGAAAUCUGUUAGAUUGGCUUCAAAAAUUGUAUUGUACCAAUAGCCUUUUGCAGAAGCUUUCCCUUUUGCUUUAAGUUAUCUUGAUGAAUUAG